GAAGGAGUUUAAUACCACAAACCAUCAAUAUGAUCUGAGCGACUUCAUCUGGGAAUCUGAUGAUCACUACAUGGGCAAAUAUUGCGUCACUGUAACCGCCAUACAGGGAGGAACCCGGUCUCAACCAGUGAAAUCUAAAGUGUUCGCCUUUAACGAUUUAAAGACUGCCACUAAAUGUGAAUUAGAUUUCCCUCCUGUGGCUCUGAUUAAGAAGGAUUCAGGGGCCAUGAUUAGUUUCAAGAACCCCUUCAACUUCUACAGAGAACUGAAACUGGCCAAAAAGAAGGAUUCUGCCUUCAUUUACUUCACUGUCGUAGUGCCACCUGAUGACGAAUAUGACAGUAAAUGCUACUUGGAUCAGGAAGACUGCGUCUUUUUUCUUAAGGGUGUGGAGAAGUGUGUGGUACUGAAAGGACGGUUGUAUGAAAGUCCUGCUGGCGGCCAAGUGAAGUUUAGAGAAAAAGACCACAUCUGUAUGACUGAAUCCACCGACUUUCACAUGGUAACACUUGUGAUCCUGCUGUCCGUCGUCGCCGUCGUACUCGUUGUGGUUAUGACUAUCAUCUGUAAGGUGAAAGCCUGGACGAUGGACAAACUACCCGAUCUGCCCAAGCCUCUGUGGACGGUCAUCAGAGAACAGGGCGUUUAUCCUACUGACGGCUCUACGGACUUCCAUCAGGUUUCCUGUGCAGACGACUCUGUGAGAACGGAGUGUCUUUCAAUGGAUGAGGAGGAGGAGGAAGAACAGAAGGAGGAAGAACAGAAGGAGGAAGAACAGAAGGAGGAAGAACAGAAGGAGGAACAGGAAGAGGAGGACAUACCCCUUGACAGAAACUAUGACAGACAUCACUUUGUGCAGAUGGACAUGGGCGAUGGAGAUAUGGUCGAUGCUUACAGCGCGAGGUAAACCUACCGUCUGAGGACUCGAUUUGGGAUUUAAGUUUAAUUUAAUGGUGAUUUUUACCUCCAAGACCGCAAUCACACGUUCAUACCUCUGGGCUGAAAAAAGCCUAAACCCGGGGCACUCGGGGAAGAGCUGGUGCCUUGCUCAAGAAGAGACUCCUGAGGGAAGCUUCUUCUUUCUGACUGCACUGUUGUAAACGCACGGAUUUAUGAAUCUGAAAUGUGACAAUUAAGGCCUCCUCUCCCUCCAGAUUUCUCAGGAUCGUAAGCGGCAUUGAGCUGCAGAAAACCAAUCGCUUAUCAAUACACACACUCUACCUUCAAGGCCCUGACACAUCAGCCAAUGUGGGGCCAUCGGUGAACGUCUGCAGCCCUCGUUUUUAAGUGAGCAAAGCAGCAAACGACUUUGUCAAGAGGGCAGGAAAUGAUCGUCUCAUUAUCCAACUUCACCUCGUCCGAUCGCUCACAUACACGGAUAUCCUGGUGUUCUGUUUUGAUUAACAAAUGAGCAGCGUUGUCGGUUUUGGUGUGUCGGGGCCUUUUAGAAAGCACAUUUAAUGAUCUCGUUGGUUUGCCUUUUAGCUGUUUUUGGAGACUGAAGGACACUCAGGGACUAAAGCUGCAACACAAAGAGCAUUCAAAAGACCAUGU